UUGGCGCGACGUGCGAGUCGCUCGCGUCCACCGCCACGCACGUGUUGUUUGUUAAGUGCACGCGUGUGUCCGUUUUAUUGUGCGGUACAAAAUCCGAGGAUCAACGUGUCUUUGUUUUUUCAAUUUCAACAUGGGAGUGCCAGUGUUUGUGUUUGCCGAGCCAUCCGUCGUGUCUUUUUACUCUUUUCCUUCUCUGAAAACAUACGAGCCGAUGAAUUUGGUGUCGGACCACGAGCCUUGAAUUAUAAAAUUCACUCAAGUGGGGACAGGAUAUGUCGAGGCUCAAGGGGACCAGAGAAGCACCGCGAGGCGAUUGAUAUCCAAAUCGAAAGGACAUGCACGUCAUGCCAAGGUAUACAAGCUACGAGCACAGGGGCAGCAGCCGGAGUCUUUUGAUGUGUUGAUCGAGACUCCGCGAGAAGAGCAAAUAUGGGGAUCGGCUGCAACAGCGGAUACCGGACGCCACCGGUGCUGCUGUUGGUGGUGCUCCUGUACUUGAUGUUGGCCACGUGGACGGGCUUUGUGGGCCAAUGCCGGGCCAGUGAGUUCCCGGAGCGCGAGUGUUGCGACCCCAUAUACCCGGCGCCCGAGCCCACGAGUAGGCUGCCCAGUGCCCUCACACCGACCGGCAAAAGUGGUGAAAAUAUAAGAGGACGAAAAAUCGUCAUGAACUGCCUGUUUGCAAGGAAGUUGUGUUUCGAGCAUCAAAAUUGCAGCGCCAUCCUUAAAGUCAUACCCCGUGUGUGCGGUCCUGAAUUGGUGGCAUGUUCGACGGUGACGGUGACAAAGUGCCAGACCGCCCUAGGCAAGAAGGAUCCGUACACAAUGGAUUCGCUACCAACGUGCAACCACGCCUUGAGCAUCUGCAACCGAGAAAAAUCUUGCGUUAAGCUGUACGACGACUUCAAAGCCAACUGCAAGACGAGGGACAACAGGUGCAGGAUGGAGAACUGGGACGCGUGUCACGAGGCCUGGACGCAGUUGCGGCUCUCCCCCAUGUUUGGCUGCAUUUGCCCGGACAACCAGGCGAAGAAGCGUUGCGACCGAAUUUUCUCGAUGGUCAAUCACAAUCCCUGCGUCGAUUUUAUGUAUCAGUCCUCGUCCGUCGACCUCUCGGGCACGGACUCUGCCCUCCACCCAUUCGAACAAACCCACCACCACCACCACCAUCAUCAUCACAACAUCCACCAACAAAACGGCAACAGCCACGAGGCAGACCCAAAUUACCAGGAGCUCUGGUUGACCCCGACCAGCAUGUACCCGUACUUUUUGUUCCCCGGCACCGCCGCGCCCCGACUCUCCUCGGCCUUCUACGAGCUCGACUCCGAACUCGCCUCCGACCUCGAAGAGGAGCAGUCGCUGCGCUUCCAACUCGGCGAGGAGGGCCAGGACAAGGAGGACCCCGACGACGCUGACGGAACCACAGCCACCGGGAGGCCAAAGCAAGCCGGUAGGCCCAAACUCACCCUCUACGCGCACUCGGUCCCUCCGGAGCUCCAGGACUCCGUGAGUGCCAUCCGCGUCUUCGAGAACGACCACUGGGUCACCCAGUGGUUGCACGUCUGGCCCCACCCCCUGAACGUCAUAUCGAACGCUAACAAUACGACGACUAUCGAGCUGAUCGAGUCGCAGAUGGAGAAUCCCCUCAUAGACGCCGACCAUCAGGACCUCCACGCGCUCAAGCAGAUACCCAUACCGAAUGUCCACCAUCAUCAUCGCGUCGUUCAUCACAAACAGAGGAAUCAAUCCCACGAGGAUCUCGAAGAAAAAACGCUGUAUCGCAUUCAAAGUUGGGAUCUCUCGGCACAGUUUGGCAGGCAGGAAGGAAGUGCGCUCAAACUGCGGAUCUGCGAAUUAAAGUUUGAAAUCCGGAGAGCAGAGGGGAAACACACGAAGGACGAGUGUAUGAUGGCACAGGAGAAGAUGCACCCGACGUGUGCGCUGCGCGUACCGGCUGGCUCGGAGACGCCCACGUGCGACACCCUCGGCGAGAAUUGCCGUAAAAAUCCGAUUUGCAGGACAAAGCUGGAGCAUUACGAGCAGAGCUGCGCGAUAGACAGCGUGACGAAGAAGUGCGCUGGUCCAGCGCAGACGUGCCGUACGGCGAUGCUGGGCAUCAUAGGCACGGAGCUGCGCUCGAACUGCGUCUGCAGGAGCGCGGAUAAAAAGGGAGUCGAGUCUACGUCGUUUUACGAGUGCCUAGGAUGGCAGCGGCUGCUUUGGGUCAAUCCUUGCGUUGUCGAGGCGCAAAAGGACUUUCAUGCGCGACGGAACCAUCACCACAACCACAUAAGACCAACGACAUCGUCCAUCGAGCCAAGCCCCACGGAAGGAACGUCUCCAAGGAGGCCAUCCUUGGCACUACCUUCCCCAGCCACCCCCAGAGUCUCCCUGAUCGCCGCCACAAGUCUCGGCCUCGCCGAGUCCGAAAACGAAGGCAACCACAGGAUGAAGGAAGAACUCGAGGACAACGUCAUACCCGAAGUCCAAACCGUCGGUCAGACCGAACGCACCACCGAGUCCACGGCUAUCACGCCGAGCAGUACAACUACCGAGGCCACCACGACGACCACCAUGACAACUACACCCACCACUUCGACGACGAUGAGGACCACCACUACCACGACGACGACGACCACACCAGCGCCUACUACGCCGAGCACGCCACCACCACGUUACUGCGUCGUGCAGAGGACGGGUCAGUCUCAUCAGUACAUCCGCGUAGGAAAGCUCAAGCGGCUGUACCGGGAGGACGAGCCCGAGUGCUCGGAGCUGUGCCAGUGCGACGAGAACGAAAGUGCGACCUGCAGUGCCAUUUGCGUCGAGACGUCGCCCUGCAAGACGGACUUUGCCUUCUACAAUCACGCGGCGCCUGCCUACCAGGCCUACCGUGGCCGAUGCCUCUGCUACAGCGGCCGCUUCAUCUGCAUGAGACCCGCCCCCGGCAAAUUAAAUAGUCACAUUAGGGGAGAAGAGUAUCAUUGGGUCGAUCGGCGAUUUGUCAGCGAAAAAAUACUGCAAGACGGGCUUGGCGACAAUUGUAAUAGCAACAUUAAACCUGGAAAUAAGAUCAAGUCGUACGAGUGGAGGCGUCGAGGUGGAGACGAAGAGGAAGAGGACCUGAUCGAGUCGCAGAUGGAGAAUCCCCUCAUAGACGCCGACCAUCAGGACCUCCACGCGCUCAAGCAGAUACCCAUACCGAAUGUCCACCAUCAUCAUCGCGUCGUUCAUCACAAACAGAGGAAUCAAUCCCACGAGGAUCUCGAAGGGGCGUGUGUGCUUUGUUCGCAGGAGGAGUGCGCGUCGAUGCUGCAGGGCCUGAGCGACAAGAUAAACAACCGGCACCACGAGGUCUACACCCACCCGCUGCUCUCGAUCUUCAAGAUGGCCGAGGUCGAGAUCAAACUGCCCCGCGCGAGCUCGGCAACGUCUUCCGGCGCGAGUCCACUGCUCUUUGGUCUCCUGCUCCUCAUCCUCGUGUGUAGCCCAACCUCGUCCUCGUGACCACACGGAUCGAGGGGUAUCCACCCAUAGGUACCAUCUGCUUUUGCGCCGUUUCAUCUUACCAUGGCCCGCAACACUCGUUGCCCCAUCACACGUCUCUUGUACAUACGUUAAGGCUUUACAACACAUUGUUUGUAUGAUAUGCGUAUAUACAUAUAUAAAUAUAUAAAAAAAUUAAGACAAAUAUACAUACUAUAAAUACUUUGUGGCGAGCAGGAUAAUGCGUAUCGAGCUGUUUGUAAAUAUAGUUUUGUCCUUACUGGCGAUGGAUGAUUGUGGUCGAAUCGAGUGACGAGUGUUGUUGUAGACGAGGAAGAUGAUAUGUUUGUGCGAACCCGUUGUUUCCUUUUUUUUGAAAACGAAAAAAGUACACCCCGUUUCAAUAGCUAUUUAUGUUGGAAAAAAAGAAAACAUCUUAGGUAAAUCCUUAGUUUUAAUCGAAGCAUUGGCGCUUAUUGUGUGUAAUUGAAAAAAA